UCCUUCCUUUCCUUUAUCCACCACCACCACCGCCGCCACCUAAUUCCAACAAAUUUCCAAGAACCAUCCAUUUCCAUCUCCAUCGAUUCCUCCCCACUCGACCCAAUGGCCGCCGCCGACCCCUCCUCCGCCGACCCCCACAGCCGCCGCUACGCCAUCGGCUACGCGCUCGCGCCCAAGAAGCAGCAGAGCUUCAUCCAGCCGUCGCUCGUCGAGCAGGCCGCUGCGCGCGGCAUGGACCUCGUCCCCGUCGACACCUCGCGCCCCCUGACCGAGCAGGGUCCCUUCCACCUCGUCAUUCACAAGCUCUACGGUGACGACUGGCGCGCCCAGCUCGAGGCCUUCUCCGCGCGCCACCCAGGCGUCCCCGUCGUCGACCCGCACCACGCCAUCGACCGCCUCCACAACCGCAUCUCCAUGCUCCAGGUCGUCUCCGAGCUCGAUAACGCCCCCCUCGACGAUAAAAAUCGCACCUUUGGCAUCCCAAGCCAGGUCGUUGUCUACGACGCCGACGCGCUCGUCGAUUCCGGCCUCCUCGCCGCCCUCCGGUUCCCGCUCAUCGCCAAGCCCCUCGUCGCUGACGGCACCGCCAAGUCCCACAAGAUGUCCCUCGUCUACCACCGCGAGGGCCUCCGCAAGCUCCGCCCGCCGCUCGUGCUCCAGGAGUUCGUCAAUCACGGCGGCGUCAUCUUCAAGGUCUACGUCGUCGGCGGGCACGUCACCUGCGUUAAGCGCCGCAGCCUGCCCGACGUCUCCCCCGAGGACGACGCUUCCGCAGAGGGCUCCGUCUCCUUCUCCCAGGUCUCCAACCUCCCCACCGAGCGCACCGCAGAGGAGUACUACGAGGACAUCAGUCUCGAGGACGCCGUCAUGCCGCCCGCCGCAUUCGUCGACCAGGUCGCCGGAGGCCUCCGCCGCGCGCUGGGCCUGCAGCUCUUCAACUUCGACAUGAUCCGGGAUGUCCGCGCCGGCGACCGGUACCUCGUCAUUGACAUCAAUUACUUCCCGGGUUAUGCCAAGAUGCCGGGCUACGAGACUGUCCUCACCGAUUUCUUCUGGGAGAUGGUCCAUAAGGACGACGCGGCUGACCCAGAAAAGGAGGAGAUGGGGAGCAACCAUGCAGUGGUGAAAUAAGAUGACGGCAUGACUGCAAACCUGCAAUUCUUGGAUGUCUGGGGAAUGCGAGGUGGCGGGCUGGUUCUGGAUGCAGAAUUCGAGGGGAUUUAGUUGGGUUUGAAUCGGCGGCACGCCCGGGCACCCUGCUGUGUAAAUCCUUUCUCCUAACUCUUUUCCAUACCAGUUGUCUAGGUAUCUUUCUGUUCUUCUUCGUAAGUCGCUUCAUCUAGUUUAGUCAGAGGUCAGAACAAAAGAGAGUAAGAGAAAACUCAAACAGGAAUUCUAAAGAAAAAUGUGUUCUCUUCUCUGUACGCAAACCUUUUGUUCUUGAACAAUGGAUGAAUGACAAUCCAAUUCCGUA